AUGGCACUUGGAGUCUUUGUGAAUUGGAGGGGAAACACCAUCAACAAAGAGGUGCAUGGCGGAGUCAGAGCAGCAUGGUUUUUGUAUGUCCUGACUGUGGUAACAAACGUGGUUAUUGUCCCAAACUUGUUGAAUAUGGUUACUUAUCUCCACGGAACAAUGCAUAUGGGGGUUUCGGGCUCGGUGACUACAGCUGCUAAUUUUUUUGGCGCCACAUCCGGGUUUGCAAUGAUUGGAGCUUUCCUCUCUGACUCCUACAUCACUCGGGCCCGAACCAUGCUCCUCAUUGGUCCAUUUAUGUUUCUGGGAUACGGAUUGCUCGCACUGCAAGCCUACCUACCCUCCCUCCAUCCACCCCCUUGCAAUACUGAAGCAGAGCUAAACAAUUGCAAACAAGUCCAUGGCAAGAACGCUGCCUUAUUGUACGUAGGCUUGUAUCUGAGUGCAGUUGGUGAUGGUUGUAUACGGGCUUGCUUGCCGUCCCUUGGAGCAGACCAAUUUGACCAUGAGGAUCCCAAAGAGUCCCACCAGCAGUCCAGCUUCUUUAACUGGUAUACCUUCGGAAUCUCUUUUGGAGGCUUCGUAGGGCUGAUUCUCAUAGUGUGGCUCCAAGACUACAAAGGGUGGGAUGUCGCACUAGGGUUGUGUGCCGUCAUAGUUCUGCUCGGAUUGCUCGUAGUUGCUGCUGGUCUCCCUUUCUACCGCAAUCAAGUACCACAAGGAAGUCCUCUGACUCGAAUACUGCAGGUGGUUCUUGUGGUUGCAUUCCGCAACAGGAAGACUGAAGUUGGUGAGGGGCUAGAAGAAGCGCAUGAAAUGAGUAUUGAGGUGGGGACAGGUUACAUUGGCUCACUCUCUCAAACAAAUAGUCUGAAAUUUCUCGAUAAAGCUUGCAUCAACCGUGGCAAAAAGGGAGACUGGUCAGUCUGCAGUGUGACCAAGGUGGAGGAGACCAAGAUUGUACUCCGCUUUCUUCCCAUCUUCAUCAGCUCCGUGAUUGGAUACAUAUCCAACAUCAUCCUAUUCACAUUCACCGUGCAGCAAGGCGGCUUGACCAACACAAGGCUCGGCAAGAUCCACGUUUCCCCGGCGACACUCUUCGUCAUCCCCAUCACAUUCCAGAUGGUGAUGCUUGCAAUCUAUGAUCAGUUCAUCGUGCCAUUCUUGCGAAGGCGCACGGGCUACAGCGGCGGCAUCACUCACUUGCAGCGCAUCGGCAUAGGCUUUGCCUCCAUGAUACUUGCCUGCGUCAUCGCGGCGGUCGUCGAGAAAAAGAGAAAGGAAUCUGCGGUGCAGAUGUCCCUUUUCUGGCUAGCACCUCAGUUCUUCCUGCUCGGCGUCUCAGACGUGACAUCGUUCACUGGCCUCCUUGAGUUCUUCAACAGUGAAGCGCCACGGGGUAUGAAGUCGAUCGGCACGGCGUUGUUCUGGUGUGAUCUCGGGCUCGCGUCGUUGAUGGCCACGUUCCUGGUGGAUGCAGUGAACGGGGCGACAAGGCAUGGUCACCGGGUAGGCUGGCUCGAGGGCACAAGCUUGAACACUAGUCAUCUUGACUGGUUCUACUGGGUUGUGGCUGUUGUCGGAUUGCUCGGCUUCUUCAACUAUCUGUACUGGGCCAACAAGUAUGUGUACCAGAACAAUCAACGCGUUGCUAACGUUGCGCCAACGGUUGAUCAGGAUUCGCCUUGA